GAUCCGAUUUUCUCUUUCCGGUGGUGAAAGAGCACGAAACUCGGCUAAGCUUUCCAAAUCUUCAUUUUUUUUGUGAACUCAUUUGUUUCCUUGUUUUCGUUCUCCAUAACAUCCAAUCUCCAUCUUUUGAUUGCAUUUUUCACGUCUUUGAGCUUUUUGAGAAAGGUCAUAUCUGGAAAACCAUCAAAUUAAAGGAAUUAUUAUCCCAAGUAUUAAUCACGAUAUCGUGUAUGCCAUCAAUCAACAACCAGGAACUAUAAAACGUGAAAGCGCACCAGAGAUUGAUAUGGCGGAACUUGAAACACCCUUCUCAGCAUCAAAUCCAAAUUCUGAAAAGCCCUCAAAAGCAAAAUCUAAAGCAACUAAUGAACCCGUAAAAAUACAACUGAUUGAGCAUAGGCGGGCAUAUAACUGUGAAACCAUGCUUUCAAAGGUGAAGAUACCAUUGCCUGAAUUGAUGUGUUAUGUCCUUGAUUUUAACGAUUCAGCAAUGGAUGUUGAUAAGGUGGAUAAUAUUCUAAAGUUCUUCCCUACAAAGGAGGAGAUUGAACUAAUUAAGGUGUAUUUAUAUAAAGGGGAAAGGGAAAAUUUGGGCAAAUGUGAACAGUUCUUUAUAGAGCUAAUGAGAAUUCCACGUUCAGAAGCUAAGCUCUCAGCUUUCUCUUAUAAGUUACAUUUUAAUACACUGGUUUCAGAACUUAACGAUAGCCUAAACGUUGUAUAUUUAUCAGCAGAACAGAUUAGGAGUUCUAUAAAGCUAAAGAGAGUCAUGCAGACGAUUCUUUCUCUUGGAAAUGCUUUGAAUCAAGGAACUACAAGAGGUGCUGCUGUUGGGUUCAGAUUGGACAGCCUCUUGAAACUUAAUGAAACGCGUGGCAGGAACAAUAACAUGACUCUCAUGCAUUAUCUUUGUAAGGUGCUUGCAGACAAACUGCCUGAAGUCCUAGACUUUUCCAUGGAAAUUGGCAGCUUGGAACCUGCAUCAAAGAUACAGCUAAAAAACUUGGCAGAAGAGAUGCUAGCGAUUACAAAAGGACUAGAGAAAGCAGUCCAAGAAAAGAAAUUGUGUAAAAAAGAUGGACAUAUGUCUAAAAGAUUUAGAAAGACUCUGAAAAAGUUUCUUGCUUCUGCGAAACCUGAAGUAAUGGCCCUGACUUCAAUUUACUCUAUGGUGUGUAAAACUGUGGAUGCGUUAAUUAUUUACUUUGGAGAAGACCCUACUCGUUGCCCAUACGAAAAAGUUGUUGAAACUUUGCUUUUGUUUGUGAGAAUGUUUAAUCAAGCCCAUGAAGAAAACUGCAAGCAAAUAGAGGCGGAGUCUAUAUGGGCACCAGAGAUCGAUAUGUCGGAACUUGAAACGCUGUUUUUGGAAUCAAAUCCAAAUUCUGACAAGGCCUCAAAAGGAAAAUCUAAAGCAGCUAAUAAACCCAAAAAAGUACAACUGAUUUCGCAUACCCGGGCAUAUGACUGUGAAAUCAUGCUUUCAAAGGUGAAGACACCAUUGCCUGAAUUGAUGGAACAUGUCCUUAAUUUGGAUGAAUUACCAAUGGAUGUUGAUCAGGUGGAUAGACUUAUAAAGUUCUGUCCUACAAAGAAGGAGAUGGAACUACUUAAGGGCUAUAAAGGAGAAAUGGAAAAAUUGGGCAAAUGUGAACUGUUCUUUAUAGAGCUAAUGAGAGUUCCACGUGCAGAAGCUAAGCUCACAGUUUUCUCUUAUAAGUUACAGUAUAGUACACUGGUUACAGAACUUAGAGAAAAGCUAAACGUUUUGUAUUUAUCAGUAGAACAGAUAAGGAGUUCUGUAAAGUUAAAGAGAGUCAUGCAGACAAUUCUUUCUCUUGGAAAUGCUUUGAAUGAGGGAACUAAAAUAGGUUUUGCCGUUGGGUUCAGAUUGCAUACUCUCCUAAAACUUAACGAAACACAUGUGAGGAGCAAUAAAAUGACUCCCCUGCACUAUCUUUGUAAAGUGAUUGCAGACAAACUGCCUGAAGUCCUAGACUUUUCCAAGGAACUUGGCAGUUUAGAACCUGCAACAAAGAUACAGCUAAAAAUCAUGGCAGAAGAGAUGAUGGCGAUUACAAAAGGACUAGACCAAGUAGUCCGAGAAAAGAAAUUGUGUAAAAAAGAUGGACAAGUGUCUAACCGUUUUUGGAAGAUUCUGAAAGAGUUUCUUGCUUUUGCGGAACCUGAAGUAAGGUCCCUGGCUUCACUUUACUCUCGGAUGGGUAAAAGUGAGUAUUCAUUAAUUAUUUACUUUGGAGAAGACCCUAAAAAAUGCCUAUAUGAAAAUGUUGUUGAAACUUUGCUGAAGUUUGUGAGAAUGUUUGAUUUAGCCCAUCAAGAAAACUGCAAGCAAAUAAAGGCGGAGUCUAUAUGGGCACCAGAGAUUGAUAUGUCGAAACUUGAAACACUCUUUUCAGCAUCAAAUCCAAAUUCUGACAAGGCCUCAAAAGGAAAAUUUAAAGCAGCUAAGAAAACCAAAAAAGUACAACUGAUUUCGCAUAGCAGGGCAUAUACCUGUGAAAUCAUGCUUUCAAAGGUGAAGACACCAUUCCCUGAAUUGAUGGAACAAGUCCUUAAUUUGGAUGAAUUAGCAAUGGAUGUUGAUCAGGUGGAUAGCCUUAUAAAGUUAUGUCCUACAAAGGAGGAAAUGGAACUACUUAAGGGCUAUAAAGGAGAAAGGGAAAAAUUGGGCAAAUGUGAACAGUUCUUUAUAGAGCUAAUGAGAAUUCCACGUGCAGAAGCUAAGCUCACAGUUUUCUCUUAUAAGUUACAGUUUAGUAAAUUGGUUUCAGAUCUUAGGAAUUGUGUAAACGUUGUAUAUUUAUCAGUAGAACAGCUUAUUAGUUCUGUAAAGUUGAGGAGAGUCAUGCAGACAAUUCUUUCUCUUGGAAAUGCUUUGAACCAGGGAACUACAAGAGGAGCUGCUGUUAAGUUCAGACUGGAUAGCUUCCUAAAACUCAACACAACGUGUGCCUGGAGUAAUAAAACAACUCUCAUGCAUUAUCUUUGUAAGGUGCUUGCAGACAAACUGCCUGAAGUCCUAGACUUUUCCAAGGAACUUGGCAGUUUGGAACCUGCAUCAAAGAUACAGUUAAAAAUCAUGGCAGAAGAGAUGCAGGCGAUUACAAAAGGACUAGACAAAGUAGUCCAAGAAAAGAAAUUGUGUAAAAAGGAUGGACAUGUGUCUAAUCGUUUUCGGCAGUCUCUUCAACAGUUUCUUGCUUUUGCGGAACCUGAUGUAAAGUCCCUGGUCACACUUUACUCUGGGGUGCAUAAAACUGUGGAUACAUUAAUUAUUUACUUUGGAGAAGAUCCUGUUCGUUGCCCAUAUGAAAAAGUUGUUACAACUUUGCUUUUGUUUGUGAGAAAUUUUAAUCAAGCCCGUGAGGACAACUGCAAGCAAAUAGAGGCGGAGAAAAAGGCGGCACAGGAAGUUCUAAGUGCAGAAUCACAUCAAAAUUGAGUCGGAACUGAUAAGAAAUAAAACUCCCAAUAGAAAGUGGUUUUGAAGAAGAAGGGUUUUCAUGGUGAAUUUCUGCAAUGUAAAGUCGUAUAAUUAAUACCACAGUUUUUUCUGCAACUGAUAGCCCUGCCCCUGCAGGAGCAUCACCAGACUGAAGGUUAGUUUUGAUUAUCGAAAUUUUAUCAAGAACUUGAUAAGAUUUUAUGUCAAUUUGUUUUUCCAUUUUAUGAUGAAUUUGAUGUAUCCGCACCAAAGAGAAAUGGGUGUGAGUAAAUUUUUGCGGUUCGCAGCUUUUAAAUAUUUAGGAAACUUAAUUAGUGUUGCAGCUGAAAUGGUAGGAUGUAGAAAAUUUGGUAAUGUUUUAAUGUGAUUGCAUUCUAGCUCUCACCGAUUGUGUAGAAAAUUUGAGUUAAAGCUAUUAGAUUUUCUAGUUCUUUAAGGUGGAGUUUGGUGGUUGUACAGUACUGGGCAAAAAUAUACAUAAG